AUGUCAAGAACUACGUUGUGGAUACUUCCUGAAGGCAGAAAGAGUGCUACUAGAUGUCCUAGCAAAUAUAUAGAACCUGACAGUAGAUUGGAUGAUCUUGCAAGUCAUCUCUGUGAAAACCAGAAGUACCUCAAAGACGCUGAGCCAAAUGACAUCGAGUUCUUUUCUUAUGACGACCGUAUUCAACCUAUGAGAAUGAGCACACCUCUUUCAAAUCUCUGCACGACUGAUAAUAGUCCUCUUGUGGUCCGGUACCCGUUGACAGAAAGCGCUGUUGUCGCGAACGUCAGAUUUCUCGGGUCUUCCACUGAAAUUCGCCUUACUCACAGCUCUGGUACAUGGCAUAUGCUUGUUAACAAGACCAAGGCGAGAUACGAGAACUUACAAGAUGGCAACAAUUCCUUUUAUUAUGUUGAUCAAGAGACUGAAAAAAAGAUCAUUGACGAGGAAUUUGUAUUUAAUGAUUUGCUGAGAAAAACUAGUGCGAAUAAAGAAGAUGAACUUGUUCUCGAUCUGUUGGUCAGGAUUAAAGGUAAGAAAGCUUAUGCAGAUUGGAAUAUCAAUGAAGUGCUCAAGGACGUUCUGCGACAGGAAAGUAGGACGACUAUUGCUCAUAUACCUCAGUUCAACAUAGAAUCCAAGUUCAGCAACAUGGAUCCAAGAUUCACGAAAGAUGAGAUAGACCGCUUCGCAGCUAAUAUCGAGGCGAACUGGAGGAUCUUCAAAAAAUCGAUCCCCAACGAAGCAUCAGCUCGUUUUUUCAUUGACUCGUUUAUGUCAUCUGCGGUUUCUCAUGUCAACCGUGAGCACUCCUCAAUGAGACUGGGCGUUGAAGAAGUACUCGAUGGAACCCGUGGGUACGGUUACCUAGAUUACUUGGUCGAAUGCUAUGAAAUCGUGGUAUUAGUAACGGUAGCGAAAUUGGAAGAAAUUCAGAAAGGGAUAGCCCAGAAUUUGGUACAGCUGCACACGGCGCUAGAGCAAUCGCUAGGUAAGAGAAAGCGUGGUGAGGAUGUGCGCAAAGAUGGUGGACUUCACGAAGUAUACGGGAUCGUAACAACCGGAGAAAUCUGGCGCUUUCUUCGAUUGGCUGGUUGCCUUACAAAGCCAGAGAUAGGACUCUCGCAAGAGUUUAUUUGUGAUUUUGAUGAAGUUGGCAAUGCGAAGUCGAUACUAAGAUUGAUAACUUGUCUUCUGAAAUCGCGAGCUGACAUUCUUAAAGCGGAAACCGAGAAAAGCGGGGAAUCGGGAGAAGUCGAACAAGAUGAUACAGAGGAAAGGCUUGCACAACGAGUUCGCACCAAGCGAUUUGAAAUUUCAUUGGUGAGUUUAUAG